CGAAUUUGCCUCUUAAAAUAAAAUCUAAGUAGAGAGCGAUAAUAAAAUAAAAAUCAGGUACUGAUAACGACAGAGAGAGAAAGCGGUUUCUUGCUUUCAAAGUAGAUCACCGAAGCAAAAAUAAAACCCAAUUUUUAGGAGAAAGAAUUAAUUAUAGUUAGGGUUUCAAGUUCUUCCCUUCUAUUGACCAGAAUCUUGAUUUUCAGAAAGAAAGAAGAAGAUGCAGAAUCAGGAGGGACAGUUAGCAGCAGAUGGAGAAACAGAAGUGACUUGUGAAAUCGAAGAUUGGGCAAAUUUUGGAGGAGGAGAUGGUGAUAUUACGCAGCAGCAAUCUAGUGUUCCAUUUGUUGGCGACAAGGAGCCCUUGUCUGCAUUGGCUGCUGAAUAUCAAUCAGGCAGUCCUAUUUUACUUCAGAAAAUAAAGGUGCUUGGUGACAAGUAUGUUGCAAUUAGGCGAACACGUGGAGAUGGGAAUUGCUUCUUUCGCAGCUUUAUGUUUUCAUACCUAGAGCAUAUUUUGGAGAAACAAGACCGUGCGGAAGUUGAUCGAAUCAAAGCAAAUGUUGAAGAAUGUAGGAAAACACUGCAGAGUUUGGGUUAUGUGGACUUCACGUUUGAGGAUUUCUUUGCGUUAUUUCUUGAGCAGCUGGAUGAUGUUCUUCAAGGAAAUGAAACUUCAAUAAGUCAUGAAGAGCUUCUAAAUAGGAGUCGUGAUCAGUCUGUAUCAGACUAUGUUGUCAUGUUUUUCAGAUUUGUGACCUCUGGUGAAAUAAGACGACGCUCAGAGUUUUUUGAACCCUUUGUAUUUGGAUUGACAAACACUACAGUUGAGCAGUUUUGCAAGUCAUCAGUGGAACCUAUGGGUGAAGAAAGUGACCAUGUGCACAUUACUGCACUAUCUGAUGCAUUGGGUGUACCAAUUCGUGUUGUAUACCUCGACCGCAGCUCUUGUGAUACAGGUGGUGUCAGUGUAAAUCAUCAUGAUUUCGUUCCUGCACCUUGCAAUCUCCCAGGUGCUACUGGUGCUGGUUCUGAGAACAUCAAUCCCUUCAUUACCUUGCUUUAUCGUCCAGGUCACUAUGACAUUCUCUACCCAAAGUGAUACCUUUUUCCAUUAUGCUUGUGUGCAGGCCAUUAAUGAUGUCCAGGUGAUGGAGGCUGUCAAGGUAAAUUUGAAUGGUGACAAGAAGCACAAGCUUGCAAGGCAAAGUACUUAUUCUCAUCUGUAUUUUGUGCUGUACCUUGUGAUAAAUGUUCAAAUGCUUCUGAAUUCUCUGAGUGGAGACCUUAAUGCAAGGUUGCCUGAAAGUAGCGGGCAGUCAUCUGUUACAAUUCAGGAUUGAGCAUGUCCUCACCUGUGUUUAAUCAUCUUUGUGAAAUUUUAUUUACUAAGAGAAAGGAAAAGAAACACUGGUGAUUCUGGAAAAUCUU